AUGACACAAAGUCCGAAGCACACAGUUGAAUUUGAAGAAUGCAGUGAUAAUAGGCCGUCAAAGAUUUCAAAAAUCGACUAUCCCAAUCCUAUCGACGACGGCGACGAAGAAGACCAAAAGCAAGAGAUGAACCAACACCGUAAGAUUCAACGCUACUUGGUGGCGAUUGAGUACAUCGGAACUCGCUUCUGUGGUUCUCAGAAGCAGCUCACUGACCGUACUGUUGUUGGUGUUCUUGAGGAAGCUUUUUGUAAAUUUGUUGGACAACGAGUUUCUGUUAUUUGUUCGAGUCGAACUGAUGCUGGAGUGCAUGCUUUGUCGAAUGUUUGUCAUGUAGAUAUCGAACGAAUUAGCAAAAGGAAGCCUGGUGAAGUGUUACAACCUCAUGAACCUGCUGUGGUUAGAAGGGCUGUGAACCAUUUCUUACAGAAGCAAAACGGUGACUUAAUGGUCAUUGAUGUUAGAUCUGUUCCAUCAGAUUUUCAUGCCAGAUAUAGUGCACAAGAGCGCACAUACUUCUAUCGCCUUUUGUCUGGGCCAGAGCCUUUGUCAACCUUGGAGAAAGAUCGAGCAUGGCAUGUACAGGAGGAGCUUAAUCUUCCGGCAAUGCAAGAAGCAUGCAAAGUUCUAGUUGGACAUCAUGAUUUUAGUUCUUUUAGGGCAGCUGGUUGUCAGGCAAAAUCACCAAUUAGAACAAUAGAUGAACUCAGUAUCGUUGAAGUUAUGCCAAGUCCAUAUUUUCCAUCUUUAAUGGAUAGAGAACGACAAAUUAAAGUUGCUGAUGAUCUUCAUGGCUUUCACAGCAAAUCUGAAUCCGCCAUUCCCCUUAGCUCUAGUGCAAGAAUUGAUGAAGUAAGGACAUCAAAUGAAGACGUGGGAUUUGGUAAACGAAGGUAUCAUCGUUGUUUGGUGGUAACUGCACGAGCACGAGCUUUUCUUUACCAUCAGGUUAGACUACUUGUCGGCGUUCUCAAAGCAGUCGGCACUGGAAACUUAACAGUUCUAGAUGUUGAAAGAAUCUUGAAUGCAAAGAGUGUUAAGGCCGCAAGUCCAAUGGCCCCGGCAUGUGGUCUCUACUUGGCAGAGGUGAAGUACGAUCUACCUAGUUAG